GACAUUGACGAGUGCUCUGCUACCUCUCCUGUUUGUGACGUCAAUGCCAACUGUACAAACACUCGUGGUUCUUAUCUGUGCACUUGCAAGAUUGGAUUCUCCGGGGACGGAAAAACCUGCAAGGGUAAGUAAGAUUUAUACACCAUUCGAGACCUAUUGAAAGAGCACGUGAUUCUGGGUCACGUGGGUCGUGUUAAAUUGCAUUAUGUGACUGCUUUAAGAGCGAUUUUGGACCAGUUUCCAUUGCAGCCUCGUCAAAUCCGAAAAAAGAAGGGCUGGCGUCCCAAAACUAACCCAGUCUAUUACGAAAAAGGUGUAGCCUGCGUGGCUGGGGUUAAAAGAGAAAGGGGAAGGGGUAAUGUGGGCGCCGCCUACGCGCGCGCCCAAACCUCUCCUUCCCCUUCCCCUUUUAACACCUGUCACGCAGGCUAUCUACGCAACGUCGAAAUUCAGUGGCCACUAUCAUAAAGGACUACAGCUCACAUAAUUAGAGAGACCAUUUUACAGUGUGAGACGGUAUAACGCUUUCAUUUCGGACGAAAACUCCCUUUGUUUAAAGUAAUAAACCGAAUGACGGUCCUUUUCUUAUUCAACUAAACUUACUGAGGUCUUGCCGCUACCAAAUUUCACUGCCAAGUGUCUUUACUCUUGUAGACUGAGACGAUUAAUUUUUGGCGAAAAUUUGGGCGAGACCACUGCCCAAGAAUGCAAAAAUUCCAAGUUCCGAUUGAUAUGCGUCGUUUUAAAACGACUAAUUGCUUUAGCUCCCUAAUGACACACUAACAUGACUGACAGGGUAUGAAGUCGACAUUUCUUAAGUCCCAAAUAUCCGGACAGAAAGGUACCUGAAAUUGGACUAAAUCGAUCGAGAUAUAAGUUGGUCAUUUUGCCACUGGAACUUGUGAAUAAAUUCACUUCAGGGAGGCUAAAUCUGUAGAAAUUCGUUAUCAGGGCUUGGAGUUCUGCGAUUAUAAAGAAAGUCGCUGAAGUCGAAACUAGACUAUGGUCCUUUGCGGGUGACCUUCGACUGACGCGCCAAAGAGGGACUGCUCGAAAGAGUACUUAUACAUAAUCCAGCCAAUCGUUCAUCCAAGAUUCUUUUUAACAACAAGCGUCAACUUUUAUCAUGUUCAACGCUGUUGUUUUGCCUUAUUUUUGGUAGAAAAGAUGACAAACAAAGUAAGCUAAAGUAUGUGUUUAUAAAAAGUUUCAGAUUGCCUCAACUACCAAAAUUUGACCAACGGUAACAGAAAAGUGUCCCACGGUUCAUCUCCACUUCUUUGUGAUAAUUCACUCCCACAUGGAUGGUAUCGUUUCCAAGGUAACGCAGGGACAAAAAUGCCUACCUCAUGCGUUGCUCCUCACAAAUGUAGUACCCAUGCCACUGGCUGGCUUAACGGUGCUCAUCCGUCAGUAGAAGAGGGCAAAGUCACCAAAAAGGUCUGCUUCAACUGGCAAUCAAACUGCUGCAGGUGGUCCAUCAAUAUUGAAGUAAUCAACUGCGGAGAUUUCUUCCUGUAUCACUUCAGAGGAACGCCCCCGGAACAUUCAUGUCAUCUCCGUUACUGUGGUACAGACUGA